AUGGCCGCUACAAGAAUCGCAUGGAGAAACUACAUUCGAGAUGUUCUUGAUUUCUCUCAGGAUGAGGCACAAGAGAUUGUUAUUGAACAGGGCUUCAGCUCCCCUGCCUUCUUUGCCCGCUCGACGCGCGAAAAUAUUGAUUCCUUGGUGAAGCAGAUCAAUCGCACUGUGAUUGAUCCAGGAAAUGAUCCUGACACCACAUUUUCCAUCAACCAAGCCCAGAAAAUCAUGCUCUACGACCUUUGCGACUAUUGCCGAUUUAUUUUUAUGGUGGAUCGCCAACAUGAUCCAGCUUUUGGGACGCAAGCAAAUUUGGCAAAGAUCAAUCGCUAUUAUUCCCACUUGAAGAACAAGUCGAACGAAUUUGAAGAUAUUUCAGAGGUUAUGCCUCCCAAAUUUGAUAAUAAAAAUACAGUCGAACUGAUGGAGAGCUUGGAACAGUGGUUGAAGCGCAAUCGCGGAAAGGGUGGCACUUUGCUAACAUAUGUAAUCUGUGAGCAUCAAAAUCCGGACGACAAUCCAACAGCUGAUCCUGGUUUCCUUAUGCCAUCUGUGGAAGAUGAGGCAAUUCGUCGGAGCUUGCAUCGAGAGGACCAGUUUGUCGCUAAUAACAAAGCUGUGUGGAAUAUGUUAUAUUCAGUAUGCCAUGGCACCGAUGCUUGGCCUGUUCUAAAGGGAUACAAGACUACAGAAAAUGGAAGGCAAGCGUAUCUUGAUCUGGUUGCCCACUAUCAGGGUGAGGGCCAACUCAAUAAGAGGCGCGACUCUGCCUACCGCAUCUUGAAUACGACCCACUACAAUGGAAAGAAGAAUUUUAGUUUUGAAAAAUUUUGCGGCACGGGUUCUUGGUGCCUUUGA